AUGUCUACUUCACAGCAGCAUCUCGAACGACUCGACGACGACUCCCAGCAUCUUGAUCUUGAGGCCCCGAUGCAUCCCAGAACCAUUGAGUCCCUCCUCGGAGGCCGAGUGGAGCGCAGCGUCCCGCAAAACCGUUCGGUGGACAAAAGUAAGGAUCGCUCAGCGUCUUCCACACCUCCUGAAUCUGGCUAUGUCUCUCGAGAGACCACUGCGAGCAGCUAUGAUGUGGCCAGUAGCUCAUCCAGCUCGACCAGUACCACCGAGGUCGUCGCCAUCCAGGACCUUGACGACAAAGGUCGGCCCUGGUGGAAGAGUGUGGUUGCAUACCAAGUCUGGCCCAUGUCGUUCAAGGACAGCAACGGUGAUGGCAUUGGCGAUUUGCAAGGUAUCAUCUCCAAGCUUGACUAUCUCAAAGACUUGGGCAUUGAUAUGAUCUGGAUGUCACCAACGUACAAGUCGCCGCUUGACGACUGGGGUUAUGACAUUUCCGAUUACGAAGACAUGCACGAACAGUUCGGAUCGCUGAAAGAUAUUGAGAUCUUGAUCAAAGAGGUCCAUUCUCGUGGCAUGAGGAUCAUUCUCGAUCUGGUGGUUACCCACACCAGUGUCCAACAUGCGUGGUUCAAGGAGAGCGCUAAGUCGAAAGACAACCCAAAAGCAGACUGGUACAUGUGGGCUGACAAGCGGCCGGGAAAUAUGAUCAAAGGUCAGCUUGUCGAAGAGCCAUCAAACUGGCGUGCAGCUUUUGGUGGAAGCGCAUGGACGUAUGUCCCUGCUCGAGACCAGUACUAUAUCCACUUGUUCCUGGAGUCGCAGCCCGAUCUGAAUUGGCACAACAAAGAGAUGCGCGAGGCAAUCUACCAAUCUUCUGUUAAAUUCUGGAUCGAUCGUGGAGUUGAUGGGUUCCGCUUGGACACGGCGAACCGCUUCUGCAAGAACCCAAAGUAUCCUGAUGUCGAAGUGAGUGUUCCAGGCAAGUGGCAACCUGGUAGCCAACACUACAUCAACGGGCCUGAGAUGCACAAAUGGCUGAAAGAAAUUCGUGAGAAAAUGGAUCGGGACAGCAACGGCAAGGACUUGAUGAUCGUCGGAGAGCUCCCACUUACACCGUAUGAGGAAUUGCUGAAGUAUGUGCAUCCAACUCAGAAGGAGCUGAGUAUGGUAUUCGACUUUGACAUGGUGAAACUUGGAAACAAUGACAACCCAGAUGAGUAUGCGAAGCACGAAGUCAGCAACUAUAUGGACAAGAACGACAGUUAUACUCUGCCAAAGUUCAAGGAUGCACUGGGCAAGGCACAGUCCCUGAUCACAGAUAGCGGCGCUUGGGGAACAGUGUUUAUGGAGAACCACGACCAACCACGCAGCAUCGCCAGAUAUGCCACACCCGAGCUCAAAUACUGGCGCAAAGCCGGCAAGCUCCUCGCACUCCUCCAAACCACCCUCUCCGGCACAGAGUUCAUCUUCCAAGGUCAAGAGAUUGGCAUGCUCAACAUGCCCGAAAGCUGGGGCGUCUCCGAAUUUCGUGACCCGGACGCAAAGAUCUACGUUGAAGACUACUGCAAUAACUACCGCGACACUGAUCCCAACGCUCGCGAGAAUGCCAUCCGCGGCGUCUUCAAAGUCGGCCGCGAUAACUCUCGCACCCCGAUGCAAUGGUCCAACGAAGCCAAUGCUGGCUUCACUGGCAGUAAUCCAACGUGGAUGAAAGUCAACGAUAACUUCGGCUGGUUGAACGUCGAAGCGCAGAAAGCUGAUCCGGACAGUAUCUGGAAUUUCUGGAGAGCUCGGAUUGCUAUGCGCAAGGAGUUCAAGGAACUUUUCAUGUUUGGGACUUUCGCUCUCUACGAUCACGACAAUGCGGAGACGUUCACGUAUACAAAGAUGGCUGAGGACGGACAAAUGGCGCUGGUGAUCCUGAACUUUUCGAACGAGGAGUUGCCAUUGAAUACGCCACAGAGGCAUCUCUUGGGACAUACGUACCGUUUGAUCGCGAGCAAUGUGCAGGAGCCGAAGGAGAAGUUGCAGGCUUGGGAGGGAAGAGUGUAUAUUGUGAGAGAGGGCUUGGAGGCGAAAGAGGGGAAGACGAAAAAGGUUAGUGAGGUGCAGGAUCAGAAGGUGAGCAGUAAGGCGAAGACGAGUGCGUAUGCGUGGUGCAUGUGA